GGGUACGAGCGUGGGACCGGCAAGUAUAUGAUCCUUCUCUUUCUGUCUGACUCCGGUUUUGUUUCCCGAUCAGGACGACGGAAUUCUAUCGCUGUGUUCGUCUAUUUUUGUUUCUAUUUUGAUGAUGAUGAUGGAAAAUAACAACGAGAGUUGCGGUAGUAGAGUUGUGGUGGCGGAAUCGUCUUCUUCUAAUUCGUUUUCCAAUAGUAAUCGCCUGGAACGGAGGAAACUAGAGGCUUACAAUGAGGUUCUCCGCCGUCUUAAAGAUUCUGAUAUAGAGGAAGCUCAUCAACCUGGUUUUGAGGAUGACCUUUUCAUCCAUUUCAAUCGCCUUCCAGCUCGUUAUGCACUUGAUGUGAAUGUUGAGAGGGCAGAAGAUGUUCUCAGGCAUAAAAGAUUUCUUCAGUUGGCCACUGAUCCUUGUAAUAGACCUGUCUUUGAUGUUCGUUUGGUCCAGGUUCCUCCAAAUGUUGCUGAUGAAAGUACAGCCGAUUCCCUUUCUUCAAAGGCGGAAGGAAAGCUGCAGGCACAAAGAAUUCUUCCACCACCUUCUUUUGGUUCGUCGCCUAACCUUGAAGCCCUUGCACUCGAAUCUCAAGUUCAAAACGACGAGGACACUUCUAUUUCUGGCGGACAGUCUUUCCGACCAAUGCAUGAAAUCACAUAUUCUUCUGACGACAAACCGAAACUCCUCAGUCAGUUGACUGCAUUGCUAGCUGAGAUAGGGCUGAACAUUCAGGAAGCACAUGCUUUUUCUACAACAGAUGGCUAUUCAUUGGAUGUCUUUGUUGUUGAUGGCUGGCCAUAUGAGGAAAUUGAACAACUUCGAACAUCAUUAGGGAAAGAACUGCUAAAGAUUGAGAAACAACAAUCAUGGACUAGUACCUGUCAUCCCUUUUCUCAUUUACAUCAAUUUGAACAAACUGGAGUUGAUUGUGGACUUAAUCAUCUUUCAAUACCUAACGAUGGAAUGGAUGUCUGGGAGAUAGAUCCUCGAUUGUUGAAAUUUGAAACCAAAGUUGCUUCUGGUUCAUAUGGUGACUUGUACAAAGGUACAUAUUGUAGCCAAGAAGUAGCUAUCAAAGUACUCAAUCCAGAUCGCGUAAAUACAGACUUGUUGAAGGAGUUUGCUCAAGAAGUGUUCAUUAUGAGGAAAGUCCGGCACAAGAAUGUCGUGCAAUUUAUCGGUGCAUGUACCAAACCGCCGACCUUGUGCAUCUUAACAGAGUUCAUGUCUUGUGGAAGUUUGUAUGAUUAUCUACAUAAACACAAGGGUUCCUUCAAGUUAACGUCUUUUCUAAGAGUAGCUCUUGAUAUAUCAAAGGGCAUGAAUUACCUCCAUCAACACAAUAUCAUUCAUAGGGAUUUGAAAGCUGCCAAUCUUUUAAUGGAUGAAAACGAUGUUGUUAAGGUGGCUGAUUUCGGAGUUGCUAGAGUUAAAGAUCAAUCUGGAGUGAUGACUGCUGAAACCGGAACUUAUCGAUGGAUGGCUCCCGAGGUUAUUGAACAUAAGCCCUAUGAUCACAAGGCUGAUGUGUUCAGCUUUGGAAUUGUUUUGUGGGAAUUGCUAACUGGGAAGCUCCCUUACGAGUACUUGACGCCAUUGCAAGCUGCUGUUGGUGUUGUUCAAAAGGGAUUACGGCCUACCAUUCCAAAGAACACGCACCAAAAAAUCACGGAGCUACUACAAGAUAGAUGCUGGCAGAAGGAACCGGCCUUGAGGCCCGAUUUUUGUGAAAUUAUCGAGAUUCUACAACAAAUAGCCAAAGAGGUUGGAGAAGAAGAUGGGGAGAGCGGGAAGAGGGCUGGUGGCUUUCUAUCUGCCCUCCGGCGAGGGGGAUGAAGUCCGAAACGAGUUACCGUUUAAUUUUGUUGAUUAAUUUUGUUGAUCGAGUUCUUCAUGUACAGCGGAUAUUUGCUCUUAUUUUUAGAUGGUUCCUUUAUCUUGAACUUUUUUUUUAACAUUUGAUCUAGAUCUAUCAAAAACCAAAAAAGACAAGUUUAUAAUUUUUUUUCUUAAAUUAUUUAGGAUUUGGUGACAAGUUUG